AGUAUUUUAGUUUGAAACGCGAUCGUGAUCUGAUCAUAUCAAGUAAAAAGAAGCUUUUGUAAGGAAGUGUGUUACGAGUAGAGAAAAAAGACUUGAAUAGAAGUCCAUCGUCGAUUAAAAAGAAAGUUCUUAAUAAAGUGAUAAAUUUUGGAAAUAGUACCAAGACAGUACUUGAAUUUAAUAAGAAGAAAUCUAAAAGAGUUUACGUAUCUUUUGUAAGAGUUGUAAUAAAAUACAUAUAAAAAUGGCAUUCAAUAAAUAUUACUUGGUUUCUGUGAUCGUUAUUGUAUUCUGUGCAGUGUGGUGUAAUGCAGCCACUUAUUCAGAGCCAGCUGCUGUUAAUCCUGCCCACCCUGGUAAAUGCUUUGACAAAAUUACCAAUCGUCCAAUGCUUCCUGGCAAGGAAUAUAAACCAAAAGGAAUUUGUGCUGCUAUGACAUGUGAUAUUGAUGCUAAACAAAUCAACAUUGAAACUUGCCCAGACAUUGAAGCUCCUGGCUGUGUACAACUUCCAGCCGACCCACGCCUUUCAUUCCCCAAGUGCUGCCCACAAUUUGUGUGUAAAGAUGAAAAUGGCAAUGAAGUAACAUUGGACAUGACAGAUUAGAUGAUUUACAAGAAAGAGCUGUAUCUAUAAGUCAAAACGACUCCACUAAAGGCUAAGUUUAUUCAUCAUAUCACAACAUAAAACUCUAUCUUCUACCUCUCACAUACGCGCAUUUAUAUCAUGCAUUCGCAAGCAUUUGAAAUUUUCUAUAUAAUAAAUUAUUUUAACGGUUCCCUUAUAUUGCUGGGAUUAUCGAUUUUUAUUUUGUAUAGUGUAUUCAAGGAUAUACUAUCAUUACUGUAAUAUUAUUUAUAAUAUAAUAAUAUCAAAAACAAUGAACACAUGUGUGUUUUCGGUCGAUGUAAUUGUCAUUUUUGGGUAUUUUAAAUUAAAAAGCAAAAUUGAUUAAAAAUUAAAAAAAUAUUUGAAUGUCAAAGCAAGGUCAUUCAGUAGUCAAUUGUGCAAAACCGUAUUUCAACCAAAUAUACAUCACCAUUGUAUAUUUAGCUGUGAUUGAAAAGAAUGUUCUUUUCGGAGAUAUGAGUGCAGACAAAUUGACUAUGGGUUACCUUUGCUAAUUAUAGAACCAUUUCGAAUAUGUCUAUUUACUUUUUAUUAUAAAAGUAAAUUUCAUGAAAUGAAUAUAAAAAAAAAACAAAAAUAUAAAAAAAUAUCAACAUAAAUUCGAGAAAAUUAUGUAAAUCAUUUUCCUAAAUUAUUAUUCAUUUGCAUUCCUGAUUACAGUUUGUUUUUUGAGCAAAAAAUUUAAAACUUUUUCAAAUUAAAUUCAACAAUUCUAAAGAAACUAUAGAUAAAUAACAAAAAAAAAGAGCUAAAUAACUGCAAUUGCAAUAUUUUUGGUUGGCUAUAAAAUGCUUCUCUAUUUCAUCACUAAAACAUGUUCUGAAACAUUUUUAUUAUUAAUAAUUUAAAUAUGAGAUGUAUGCGAUAUUUGCAAUGAUACCAAAUUAUGCUAAUUAUUUAAUGGAAAGAAAGUGCAGAAAUAAUAUUUAGUAAAAUAUUAUUCUGAUUUUAGAUAAUGUGUAUAUUUAAUUUCUUAU